AGUGAAAAUGUCCAAACGGAACGCUUGGUCACGGGGGGAAACACUCGAGCUGGUAGACAUUCUGCGGACGUGCUGCAUCCCCUUCCUGGACGGUACGAUAAACAAUCGGAAGGGCCAAAUGUAUCGCCAGAUCGAGCACGAAAUGCAGCGGCGCGGACUCACCACCAAUCGCGACGCCCGGCAGAUAGAGCACAAGUGGAAAAACCUCAAGUUUAGCUACGAGCGGUACAAGCUGGAGGUGUCACAGCGUAGAAAUAACGACACCAAAGCGUGGCUACCGGAACUGAAGCCGUGUGAAUUCUACAAGGAGCUGGAGGAUCUGUUCACGGCGGUGGAUCAACGACUUGGGAAGAAUCCAACGGAAGAAACAUUUGAGACGUACUACGAAGAAGAAUUUGUUACUGACGAAACGCCGGAACUUGCGGCGGAUGACGAUGCGGUUGUAAUUGAAGAGAUUGUGUACGAUUCACAGGAUGCGCUUGAGUUUGCAGAAGAAGCCGCAGCAGCUGCCAGCAGUUCCAAAGGACAGCAACAAUCGUCCGCACAACCACCCGCACCAGCACCACCUCCACCACCACCCACUCAGAAGCGGAAGAAGCUAACGGUGGAAAAUAUGGACGGCCUGUUGGUAACGAUCUGCGCACUACAGAGGGACCACAACGAUUACUUUAACCGCUGUCAAAUGGAAUUCAUCGAGAAUGAGUUCGAAUCGUUCCGGGAGAAGGAGAAGGAACAUCUGCUACAACUCAAACUCGAGCUGGAGGUAUUGAAGCAGAAGUUUUUGGCUCGAAUACAGAAGAUUGCUAGCGGUGAUGGAACGGUGGAUACGGGCGGUGAUGAACCGGUUGCAAGCGAAUCGAAACGACGCCGGGUUGCUGUUGCUAGACGAAAAUAGGCUAAAGUGUUUUGUUAGUUGCUAGUGGUAACCGUUCGAACAACCAGAGAUUGUAAUGAAAGUUUGGUCCAAGUAGUCGCACCAAGCUGUCAACGCCGUGUGUGCUGUAUGGAUAAACAAUCACCAUCCCCUAACUACGCAGGCUUAAACAGGUUGAGAGCUUACCCGGAUGCUUAUAGAUUAUGUUUAACGUGCAAAUUGUAUGCAUAAAUCGAAAGAAAUUCCCUAGAUGUCGGGAAGCGGUGUCUCAAAAAGCUUGUUGAGAAAAACAAUUACAAAACGAUUGAUCGGAACGGAUGUUCGAACCGGCACGAAGGGGCCCUUCAGGUGAACUAUUUGGAAAUUAACGAAAAAUCUUAAUUAUG